GCUACCGAGAGCUGAUGGUGAAGCUGACGGAGGGACAGUACGUGCUGUGCCGCUGGACCGACGGGCUCUACUACCUCGGGAAGAUCAAAAGGGUGAGCGGCUCCAAGCAGAGCUGCCUCGUCACCUUUGAGGACAACUCCAAGUACUGGGUCCUCUGGAAGGACAUC